AUGGUGUCCCUCCUCGCAUCGCCGGCCGCGCUGGGUGGUCCUCGAACCGCAGCGUUCGCCAAGGACCAUCUUCCGCAUCUCCCCAGCAGGCUAGUAGCCCGAUCCCCGUCCCUUCGCCUCCGCCCAUUUCCGAGACCAGUAGCGGCUCAGGGAGGCAAUGCAGGAAAGAGCGGACCUUUGAGUUCGUCCAUUUCGCCUCUUGCAGGAAGCAUGGGUCUUACCAGUGGCAGCAGCAGAAGCAGCAGCAAGCGUUUGUCAACAGUCGCCCAGGCAACGCAGCAGCAGAAAUCGUCAGGCUCUGCUGCAGCAGUGGAAGACAGCAAGAUCGACAUCGGCGACUUUUUCAAGGGCGAUUUACCCAAGAAAUUCCUCAUGCUGCUGGGACUGCUCGCGCUAUCCCGCGUGGGCAUCUACAUUCCCCUGUGGGGCGUUGAUAUCUCCGCCUUCCAGGAGCAACUGGGGGAGGGCUCAUUCCUAGCCACCCUAGACACCCUCUCAGGGGGCGGAAUUGGACGGCUGGGAUUGUUUUCGCUGGGCAUCGUGCCGUAUAUCAACGCUCAGAUCGUGUUUCAGCUGCUGGGGACGCUGUAUCCCAAGAUUGGGGAUCUGCAGAAGAAGGAGGGCGAGGCAGGGAGGAAGAAGGCGCAGCAGUACAUGAAGUACAUGGCUGUGGCGUUCGGUGCUCUGCAGGCCAUAGGCCAAGUGGCCUACCUCCAGCAGUACGCCUACGAUCCUUCAGUCGCGUGGGCCGUCUCAGCCGUGUCCGGCCUCACCCUCGGCUCUGUAGCAGUCAUCCUGCUCGGAGACAAGAUCACUGACCUCAAGCUAGGCAACGGCACCUCUCUGCUCAUCUUCACCAACAUUGUCUCCUACCUGCCGGCGUCCAUUGGACGGACGGUGACAGAGGCCACUGAACAGGGCAAUUUCACUGGCGAGGCGCUGCUGCUGGCGUCCUUCCUGCUGCUCGUGUUCGGAAUUGUCUACGUGCAGGAGGCAGAGCGGCGUAUUCCCAUUAACUAUGCAUCUCGAUACAACAUCAAGACGCGGAAUGCAUACCUGCCAUUCAAGGUCAACUCAACGGGAGUCAUGCCCAUCAUCUUCUCCUCCUCUCUCCUCGCUGCUCCCUACUCCAUCGCUCGCUUCACCGGCAGUGCUGCCUUCCAGUCCGCUGCAACUGCACUCUACCCGGGAGGUUUCUUCUAUCUGCCGGCCAACGUGGCUCUGAUCGCCUUUUUCAACUACUUCUACACCUUUCUGCAACUCGACCCUGCUGACGUCAGCGACCAGCUCAAGAGGCAGGGCGCCUCUGUGCCCAACACUCGCCCUGGGAAGGCAACCGCUGCACUGAUCACCAAGGUUCUCACUCGCAUUUCGGUGCUCGGGUCAGCAUUUCUCGGCACGAUGGCAGCAGCGCCGGCUCUUGUGGAAGGAAUCACCCACCUCACGGCCUUCCGGGGGUUUGCGGGCACGUCCAUCCUCAUUUUAGUCGGCUGCGCUACGGAUACAGCCAGGAAGGUGCAGGCGGAGCUGGUUUCGCAGAAGUAUAGGACGAUUGAGCUGGAUGAUAUCAGUGCAGGCGGCGGUGGGAUUCCGCCACCCAGUCUCGGCGUUCAGACAGCUUCAAGGGAUUGGCAGAACACGCGAAGCAUUCCGCUGGCGAUUAACUUUCUGAAGGAUGCGAAUGUGAAGAUGACGACCAGCCAUCAGCUGCACGCAAAGAUCACCGUCUGA